AUGAGCAGCAGGAGCGUCAAAUUCCGGCGGGCCUCGCCCAACGGUUACGACCACCAACGGAGUGACUCCGGGUUCAGCGACUGCGAGAGCCGCGCCUCGAACCCCGAGCACGACUACCUGACCCCCGGCUUCGAGGACCACGGCCUCUACAGCAUCCGCCAGGCCCUCGACACGGCCCGCCAGGAGAGCGAGAAAUGGCGCGCCCGCGCCGAGGAGGCCGAGGAGAAGCUCAAAGAGGUCCGCAACGACUUCGAGCAGACCAAGGCGCACAUGCGCGCAUUGACCAACGAGAUUGAAAUCGCCAACCAGGCCAAGGAUGCCCUCACCAAGACCAACAAGGAGCUCGUCGAGCAGAACGCACAGCUCCAGGAGACGGUCAAGGACCUGAAGAAGGCCAACCGCAAGAGCAGCGGCACCUCUUCGCCCUCGGCCUCCAGCGCCACCGCCUCCGAAUCCUCCGACGAGAAGAAGGUGCGCCGCAGUUCCAGCAAGCGCCGCAAGGACCCGUCCUCGAGAGCCGACAAGGAGAAGGAGCGCGACCGAGAGCGCGAUAAGGAACGGGACAAGGAGCGCGACCGCGAGCGGCGCAAGGAAAGCCAGCGCGCCCACCAGGAGGAGACGGAUCGCCUGCGCAAGCGCUUUGACACGCGCGGCGACGAGAGCGACGCCAAGAGCAGUACCACGGCCACCAAGAGCCAGCGCGGCCGCCACGAGAGCAGCUACAUUGAGCCCCUCGGCCUCGGCGCCCCGAGGCCACAGGCCCCGGUCCCCGCUUCGCCGUCACGCCCUUACGCAGCGUACCCGGCUUCCACCGCGCCAACCACCUACUCGGCCACUCCUGCAUACUCCAGCAUCCGCGAGUCCUACACCGGGACCACACCGCGGUCGCUCCACCCCGCCGUCUACGUCGCGGAUGAUUACACCUCUUUCGCGGCAGACGACGAGGACGCCGCCUACGCCCACCCGCACCCCCGGUCUACGCGCCACGCGAGGUAA